GUUUUUAGCGGGACGCCAUUUUGCUCCUGGACGCGGAGGGAGAGCAGAGGAGGUUGAAGUGAUCGAGCAGCUGCACGCGUUCACAGACACCAUGGCGACUGAAGGGAAAGACGGCUUCAGGAUGAAGAGCUACAAGAACAAAGCCUUGAAUCCUCAGGAGAUGCGUCGAAGAAGAGAGGAGGAAGGUGUCCAGCUGCGCAAGCAGAAAAGAGAGGAGCAGCUUUUCAAGAGGAGAAAUGUAUCUGUACCUACAGGAGAAGAAUCGAUGCUGGAAUGUCCAAUUCAGGAUCCAGACAUCAGCUCCACAGUACCUGUUGCCGGUGAUGGGAUAAUAACUCCAGACAUGAUUCAGAUGAUCUUUUCUGAAGACCCAGACCAGCAGCUCAUUGCUACUCAGAAAUUCAGAAAAUUACUCUCAAAAGAAGGGAUGAGUUCUGAUCUGUUCUCCUGCACAGAGCCUAACCCACCCAUAGAUGAGGUCAUUUCCACUCCUGGUGUUGUGAAUCGCUUUGUGGAAUUCCUGAAGAGGAGUGAAAACUGCACACUGCAGUUUGAGGCAGCCUGGGCACUGACCAACAUUGCCUCAGGUACCUUCCUUCACACCAAGGUGGUGAUUGAAACCGGAGCUGUUCCUAUUUUCAUUGAGCUGCUCAACUCUGAGUAUGAGGAUGUCCAGGAACAGGCCGUAUGGGCACUGGGGAACAUAGCAGGAGAUAAUGCUGAGUGCAGAGACUAUGUGCUGAACUGUGGGAUCCUGCCGUCUCUGCAGCAGCUACUUGCCAAAUCCAACCGUCUCACAACAACCCGCAAUGCAGUGUGGGCUCUGUCCAACCUUUGCCGGGGGAAGAACCCUCCACCGGACUUUGCCAAGGUGUCUCCUUCUCUCAGUGUGUUGUCCAGGCUUCUGUUCAGCAGUGAUCCAGAUGUGCUGGCUGACGCUUGCUGGGCUCUGUCCUACCUUUCCGACGGCCCCAAUGAGAAGAUCCAGACGGUCAUAGACUCCGGGGUGUGCCGCAGACUGGUGGAGCUGCUCAUGCACAGCGACUAUAAGGUGGUUUCUCCUGCUUUACGUGCUGUGGGCAACAUUGUUACAGGAGAUGACAUCCAGACUCAGGUAAUCUUGAACUGUUCAGCACUGCCGUGUUUACUGCACCUCCUCAGCAGUCCCAAGGAGUCCAUCAAGAAGGAGGCGUGCUGGACUGUGUCUAACAUCACAGCAGGAAACAGGGCUCAGAUUCAGAACGUGAUUGAUGCCAACAUCUUCCCGGUACUCAUCGAGAUUCUUCAGAAGGCCGAGUUCCGCACAAGGAAGGAGGCAGCGUGGGCCAUUACUAACGCCACCUCCGGGGGCACUCCUGCACAGAUACGGUAUCUGGUGUCUCUGAAUGCCAUUAAACCCAUGUGUGACCUGCUGACUGUGAUGGAUUCCAAGAUCGUGCAGGUGUCUCUCAACGGUCUUGAGAACAUCCUCCGACUGGGAGAACAGGAGGCCAAACAGAACGGAACAGGCAUCAACCCUUAUUGUGCUCUCAUUGAGGAGGCUUAUGGCCUAGACAAGAUCGAGUUCCUGCAGAGCCACGAGAAUCAGGAGAUCUACCAGAAGGCCUUUGACCUGAUUGAGCACUACUUUGGCGUAGAGGAGGAGGAUGCCAGCCUGGCUCCACAGGUGGACCAGAGUCAAGGCCAGUUUGUCUUCCAGCAACAGGAGGGGCCCAUGGAGGGUUUCCAGCUUUAACCCGACCUCCUUCCCCCUGGUCUCUGAGCCUCGGCCUGCUGGCCUGCAGACUCUCCUGGGAUCUCAUCUCUGCUGGGCCAGCUCCACCAGCUCCUCCCCACAUGGCCAAUUCUAUGGCUUCAAAACAAUGCAUACUCUGUAGAGACGCAGAGAUCUGUGGAUAAGGAGAUAGAAAGUGACAGCUCAUUUGGGUCCUUGAUUCCGUUUGGGACUGUGGGAGCCUGAAUGGAGGUGUCAGCUCUGCUGGUUUCCUCUCCCUUGAUGAGAGGGCCUAUGCCAUGGAAAGCCAAUUCACUUUAAGAAGAAUACUCUGUUUUAGCGCUACAAUAUGAUAUUCCUUUGACUUCCUGUGAUAUUUUCUUUAUCAUUCUAAAUGAAGUUAAUAUUUAUGUUUCAAUUAGAAUCUACUGUCUCCAAAUCAGCAUCCAUAUCCCUUUUUGAAUGUGAAACUACCUCUUUAGUCUUCAGAGAGAAAUAAAAUUAAAGAAGUGGGGGGAAGAAAAGCCCUAAAUGAACAGAUACAAAAAACAUUACGCAUCAGAUUGUUUAUUUUUUAUUUUUGGUUAUGGCUUAAAUCCAAUCUUGAAAGAUUCAGUGUGUAGUGGCUGACAUGUCAGCAGGCUGUGGGCAGGCAUUGGACGUAAAUACAGUAUUACUGUACAUCCUGGUCUUUCCAUACUUCUGUAAGACUGAAGCGGCUGCAUGUGCUCUCUGGGUUCUUUGUCCUCUCCCCUGAAAACACCUGGAGACUCGAGGUAUUUUUAUUUAUUCGUCUUCUGAGAGCAGUGAGGGAGCCCCUGAGUGUCUUCUGAAGACAACGGCUUCCUGGAUCAGGUCACAGCCCUACUGGCCCGAGUGAGACUGUGACAGUGUCGGCUGCGACUGCUUUGUUUUUGCUGCUUUUUUUGGAGUGGUCUUUAUUUCAGAAAGCAGUGUGAGAGCAGGCCGGGUCCUGUCAGUUACACAGUGCAGUCUGUGCAACAGCCCUGUGAGUUAAAUGAGAUCUGUUUUCUGUUUGUCUCUCUGAACAAGCCUCAUGGUUUAUCUUGAUUUCUUUCUGGCUGCAAUCAUUUCCUUCUUGUGAUGGGAUUCGUCAACUGAUUUUGGAGGUUUUGUAUAUUAUAUAUACAUGUAAGAAAGUGUAAAAGUAUUUAAGUGGCAACAGGAAGGUGUGAUGAGAGAUUAAGUUUUCUGUCUUAUAAUACAUUACUAGUAUUUUCAGUCACUGUGUUCACACACCACUCAUCCUGAAUCACCACUUUUCUUUUUCAGUACCCCAGACAGUUUUUUAGUUUUGAGGGUUUUGUUUUUCUUUCUUUUGAGCUGUUGUACCUAAACCAUUUAUUUUUCCGUGUUCUCGUCUCAUGGUUAGUCUAAAGAUGGAAGCGCAGUGUUUUUGUUCCUACUUUUGGCUCCACCCCUGAACUAUGAUUUGACUGUUUUUUUUUUUUUUAAUCACGCGCAUUUAAGUACAAAAACAUUAAUUGGUGGAGAACCAAACCUGAAAUGAAUCUAUAUUUAUGUGAAAAAGAAAAUGUUUGUAAUGCAGAAAUUACAUCAAGCACAUUGAAUUGUGUAUAGUUUUCUAAUAUUUCUGGUUUAUAUAAUUGCAUAAUUUUUUUUUUUUCUUUUUCUUUCGUUUUUUGUGUCCUUGUUUUCCCCUGAACUUGCAGUGUCGUUGUGGCUCUCAGUAGAAAUGUGUUAGAACUCCAGCAGCUCGUGUCCAGGAGUAAGCUGCUGUAUGCAGCCACAGUCUGUGCUUCCUAACACCGACUGGAUGACGGAGGUGGGACAGUGAACCUGGUACCGGCUGUCUCUAGUGAUGCCUGUGGGGUGACGCACGCUUUCAUUGUGUAACAAGAAUUAAUAAACUGAUCUGUUGGCUGCAAACCUUA